UCAGGGUAUCAAAGCCAGGGCAGAAUGCCACCAUUGUUUGCAAGGAGGAGACUCUAUGAACAGCAGAAGAUUGCUGUGCUGGAAAAACCCAGGAUUGUUUCACCUCAAAUCGUCGUUCCUCGUCCCAGAGAGGUCCCAAACCCCAUCCUCUCCAAGUGCUCCCAGCUCGGACAGAGCUGCGUGCCUCUGUGGGGCUGCUGCGGUCGUUGUGAAACCUGCCACUGCCGCUUCUUCAACGCAAUCUGCUUCUGUCGGAAAGCCAAGUCCCAGUGUGGCAGAAAAUUACCGAACAGCAGAAAGUCAAAAAAGAGACCCAACCCUAAAAAAACACUUGGCCUUUGAAAGAAAUUCAACUGGAGGCAUCAGCCUAUGUGAACAGUCUAAAUCAAUUUAUCCCUCUUGUAGAAGGAACCUGCUUAAUUAUAACCACUUUAUGAACAAGUUUACAUUUCUUAAAAUAUUUAUAGGGCAUCACCAGUAAAACAGCAGUUACAUGUUAUCCUUAAUAUUUGUAAUACAUUGUUAUAUUAGUUUAAUGUCUGUGUUGGAAAUGGUUCAUUUAUCGUAACGAGCGCUGUUAGUUAAUUAGAUGAAUAAAAGACACUGCAAAUUAAUGUAUUAUAAAAUAAAUAAAUGUGAUUAAUUCAGAGUGCUCAUUCAAUGCA